UAUCGCUAUCUACCAGUUGACAUACGUUUGUGCCUUCAUCACACUCCGCCUCCACACUCAAAGUAGAAUCAACGCCUUAGGGCUACACUACUGCAAUACCUCUUCGUUGCUGAUUCUUGACGGUUGAGGAUAGCGCAAGCGCGCAAUACGUAACCGGAGAGAUGCCCAACUUCAAAGCCAUCUUCACCAAGGCAUACUGGACAUUUGCCAUCCUAGGCAUAAUAUGGGCGGCUUUCGUAGGGCUGUUAGUGAACCCUACGGCACAAAGACACGCUCUCUACGCCCAUAAGUUCCAAACUUCCUUCUUGCAUAACGUUUCUAACCCUGAGGAAUUCGGAUUUGCGAAGGGCCAGGUUCAACCUUUCUGGCUUACUACUGCGGAUCAAGAGAAGCUGUUUUGCUGGCAUGUGCUUCCUUUAGAUGUUUAUCUUGAAAAUGAACACGAGCUUUACACUAAGGCUGUUUCGGGAGAAAUUGUAGAUGAGUUGAAGGGGACGGUUGGGGAGAAGCUGUUGAGUAGUGACCCGGAGAGUAGAGUCGUGGUUAACUUUCAUGGUAAUGCCGGUCACAUAGCCCAAGGACAUCGCCCAUCAACUUACCGCUCCAUCUCCGGCAUCCCGAAAACUCACCUGCUUACGUGCGACUACCGCGGCUUUGGUCUAUCUACCCUAAACAAUAACCCUCACAUCCCCACGGAAACUGGUCUCAUAACUGACGCCACUUCCUUGAUAUCCUACCUCAAUGACAACCUUGCUCACCCAAGCACCCGCACCGUCCUCCUAGGCCAAAGUCUCGGUACCGCCGUAACAUCAGCAGCAGCCCUCUACUUCACCCAACCAACAUCUGAACUUAUUCCUGCCAUAUCGUACCCAUCCGCCAUGGCGAGUUCUAAACGGCAAUUUGAUGGGUUCGCUGGCAUAGUGCUAGUAGCACCCUUCACCUCCUUGCCCCAACUCCUCAAGACAUACAAAAUUGGUGGCAUCUUCCCCGUCCUAAAACCACUACAAUCCUACCCCAGAAUAGCAAACUUUCUCACAUCUCGCAUCAUCGAUCAAUGGCCCACACUUCUCCGUCUGCGGACUUUGAUCUCGGCACCUUCCAGCAAGAAGAACGGGUUCCGCAUCACCCUCCUACACGCGCGCAACGACCAGGAUAUCACGUACUGGGAAUCCGAAGCCUUGUUCGAGCCACUGGCCUCUCAGAUGCUGGGAGAGGAAGGUGUUGUCGCAGAGGAAGAAAGAAGGACGAUUCAGGGUGGUGAUAGAGUGAAGAGGGGGGCUUUUGCGUAUAAGAAGGUGGAGGAUGAUAAGGGGCAUAGAAUGGUGGAGCUGGAGGUUGUAAGGUUUGGUGGGCACAACGAGGUUGUUGGGUGGACGCAGGUUAGUCUUGCGGUUAGGAGAGCCUUUGCGAGGAAGACGUUGAGGCCGGGGUUAGACGUGGAGUAAUUCUUUGGAGCAAUCAGGGAUAGGAAAGAACAGGGAGGACAUGGAUUGGGUUGGUGAAACUGGAGCUGUUGAGGGGAUAUCAUUCGUCGUCGUGUGGCGGCGUUAUAUACUACAUGUACAAUACUUCUACACCUUUCUACCCAUUCAUCCCACAAGAAAUGCGCCAGACGUCCGUCAAUGUAGAUAGAUGUAGGCUUCUAGCCUUUAGAUAAUGAAAAGCUUGUU